CCAGCGCAUGCGCUGAAGGCGCCGCGAGUCGCCGGUGCGCUGUUGCGCAUGCGUGUUAACCACAGGGCAGCACAUGUGUUGGUGUUGAGAUGGAAAACCACAGUGGUCACCUGAACAACAGAAAAGCCAAAGAGGAAAGCCGUGCUCUGUGUCUGUGUCGGGCAAGACCCUCCCCCGGUUGUGUUAAUCUUCAAGCAAGUUCUCUACCACCUACUGCCCGGAACAUCCAGAGAAGCCCCCUGCCCUCAGGAACUGGUCACAAGCCCAGUGGGUGCCUAGGACUCCUAGACAACAUGUAUGCCAACCUGCAGCUUCAGACUCAGCUUGUCCAGCGACAGAUAGCGAUUUUGGAAAACUUACAAGCCUCCAUGUCGCAAUUAGGUCCUGGGAGGGAAAGCAAGAUCUCUUCUCUCCCAGCCUCAUAUCUGAACCUAUUAUUAAACUACCUGUCCCAAUUCUACAGAUGAAUUGUGGAACAAAUA